AUGGAAAAAGCCUUAAGUCUAACGGAUAUUCUAAGAGAAAUUUUCGAAAAUCUAGUUGAAUCCUCGAAAUUCUCUUCAAUUAUUAGUUCGUCUGACAAUAAAAAUUUAUUUAAUUGUCUUUUGGUGAAUCGUCUUUGGUGUCGUACGGCAGUUUCAAUUCUUUGGCGACAACCAUUUCAUGAUCAUGGAUAUAAAGCAAUAACAGUUUAUUUUCAAUGUAUGGACAAGAGGGAACGAAAAGCAGUUCAGAAACGAGGAUUUCAAUUACCACCAAUCAAAAAAGAUACAGUGUUUAAUUAUCCGUCGUUUCUGCUUGGGCUUAAUUAUCGAUGGUUCUUGAAUUCGGUUGAAGAGUGGUGUUAUAAAACGCCUGUUAAACCGCACACGGGGCUUCUCAGAUGCUGUAAAUCGGCAAGAGUUGGACAAGUAGCAGAGACAAGUGAUAUUGUGUUUAUUGCACAAAAAUUGUUUAAACUUGUAAUCGAUAGCAAUGUUACGUUGAAACGACUUUGUAUUUCGGCGAUUCCGAGAGAAGCCAGUGACAAGAAAAAAUACUUGGUUUGGACCGAACCGGAAUUCGUAAAUUUAUUCUCGUCUGUAAAAGAACUCGUUGUGUCGGGACAAUUCUUUGAUCAAGCAAAAGAUUUAAUAUUACUUUCAGAUCUUUGUAAAUCUAUUACUCGUCUUGUAAUUUACACAUGGGUGGAUAAAAACGCCGAACACGAAUCAAACGCCAAAGAAGUCGGAAACGCAUUAGCAACUCUUAUAAACAAUCAAAAGGGGCUAAAGGACUUUUGCAUUCGUGGCGGUGGAGGAUUCUCUAAAUUUAUUAUAGGCGCAUUACCAUCGCAAAAAGAAUCCCUGACAUAUAUUCGGUUCCAUAAAGUCGAUUUCAGGAAUUCCGGCGCAUGGAAUGGCUUAACUGAAUGCUCUAGAUUGCGAAAAUUAUCAUUUUUUCAAUGUGAACAAGUGACCAAGGAUAGUGUUCAGCCGAUGUUUCGUGCAACUUUCCCUCAUUUGAAAGAAUUGGAAUGUAAGCCAGACACGCAUAAUUGUGAACACUUGCAGCGUUGGGUUGGAACUAUGAACUAUUAA